AUGUCUCAAGAAAAGUCCCUAAAAUCUCUAACAUCCGAAAAAUUUCGAGAAAUUAAUACUUCCAACUGGCCAAUUGAUACUCUUAAGACUUCAUGUGGUCAAUUAGGCAAACAAGAAUUUAUUCAAGGCCUUCGUGAAAAUGAUAAUCAAACAUAUUAUAGACAAGGUUCGGAAGUUCUUGAGAAUCUUAUUAAAAUAAAAGAACUUUUAAAUAAUACGAAAAUAAAUCACCAUGUCUUUCGUAAAUUGCAUGAAUGGCGAGUGAUCGAGAAACACUUUCUUAUAUUAUUGAUAAUAAAUAAUGAUCUUGAGGUUGAACGCCAAAGGAAAAUUUCAACAAAUAUUGUGGAAAUUCUUUAUCUUCUGACUCUUCCUACCGACCGACUUAAAUAUCAUGGAAUGACGAAGGAGGAAAUUGUUCAGCAUAAAAAGGCUGAUGACACCGCUCUUGUUGAAUAUCGGCGCGACAAUUCUAUGAAAUACGUCUUUAUGAUUACAGAUGUUUUACAAUUUUUCAGGAAUUUAUUAAUGAUUAGUGCAUUUCCCAAAGAAAAGCGAUCUCUUUACGUUUAUUAUAACAAUUAUAAAAUUUUCGAUUUCAUUCAUGAAUUAACCAAAAACGAGCGUGCUCUAAAGAUCUGGAACUUAACAAUUCAAGAGCUCCUAUUUAAUAUUUUUCAGGGUCUUGAUCCGGAAGACAUCAUGUAUGAUCGCCAAAAAGAGUCUAAUGAGAUUGCUGAACAAUUAUUAUUAAAAGAACAAAAAAAGCAAAAAGAACGUCAGGUGGCUGAUCAAAAACAUCAAGUUAAAAUUUGGGUUCAAACAACUAGUGGCUAUGAAAAAGUAGUAUCAAUUCAUGAAGCGAUUUCUGGUAAAAUUCACAAAGACAAGAAAUCUGAACCAGAAGGCAAUAUUCAACUAAUACCCAAUGUGCAGUCACGAUGGUUCUACAAAAAGAAAUUUAUCGCGGAUAUGAGUACUUCCACACGCAAAUUCUUGAAAAAUUUUGCGAUCAAAUUUCUAAACGAGGCAUUUAAUGUAUUGAUACAAUCUAUUCAAAACGAAAUUUCGUCGAAUCAUCGUUCUUACUCCCAUCAGUAUCGAAUGUUUUAUCUCGUGAAGUUUUUUUUAAAAUUACAAGAACUUUUAUUCGAAGAAAUCAAAGAAUCCAAAUUAAAAGAUUCGGGAAAUAAUGAUAAUAGAGAUAAGAAAGUUAAACGAACCUUGAUGAUCAAUUUCUCGACUUCUUCCGCAACAACAUUAAAGGUGGUUGAUUCUAUCUUGAGUUACAAUGGGUUCUGUUUAUUAUUUGAUAAGAUGGAACAAUGGAAUCGAAUAAAGAAAUUGGAUGGGCUUAAAUUAGCAAUAGAAUGUUUGCAACAAAUGGCGAGAAUUGUUGAAAUAAUGAGCUCAUCAAGUGAUGUUAACAGAGAAACCAAAGCUGGUGUCCAUGACUUUGAAUAUUGUCUUUUAGAUAGUUUAAAUCAUUUCGAAUUUCUCAUAAAGCUUCUUGAAAAUUCUGAAGAUAAAGACAACGGUUAUGUAAAGUCUUUAAUCGAAGCAAUUCAUCGAUACUUAUCUAUGCUUGAACAUUUCUCAAAGAAGGAUCACAUAUACAAUAAAAAUAAGAACUAUAAAUCUCUUGACGAGCACGAAAAAAUAAAUGAUAAUGAUACAUCCAUGCUUCAGUCAGAAAAUUCGAAUGUUUCAACUAUUUUACGAUCUGAAUCGUCAUUUAUAAGUUCUUUACAACCUGUAAUUCCAGGUGAUACUUAUCAAGAAAGAAAUGCGAAAAUAAAUUAUUCACGUGAAAGUAUUGCAGGAAAAAGUGAAUGGGCAAUGCUUUAUUAUCAACAAGGGCCCCCAAAAGAGGAUCCACAUUUUAAAAGUUGGUGGCGAAAAAAGAAGAAAUAUGAAACAAAAGUUAGCAGUCAAGAGUACAUAAAAUAUGAGUUUACCGCAACCGAAAAGACGAGUCUUAAACGCCAAUUUAAUAAAUUCGAGAAGACUCUAGCUAACGAAAAAGUUCUUGAUGCAAUUUUUGCAUAUAUUAAACAAUAUGAUGUGUAUGAAAAAUUUAAAUGUGACUUUUAUGCUAUAAAUGUGUUAUUUCACCGUAUUUAUGUUAACCAAGAUGGAAGCGAUCUCUUCAUAAAGGUUAAGCAUCUAGAAGUCAUGUAUGCCAUUGAGCUUUAUUGGUCCUGGAUCAUUGACAAUUGUCAACGUGCAAAUUUCAAAGAUGUUGGAUAUUCUGAAUCACAAUUGGCAUUCUUUGAUUUUAUUGAUGAAAUUUGUAAUGAAACUUGUAGGCGUAUGAAUGAAGUAAGAGUUAUUCCGAAAACUACGGAUGUAGUUGAGAGACAUAAUCUUAGAUGGGUUUAUUCCACAUAUGCACGUUAUUUGGACAAACAACAAAAAGAGAAAUUUUUUGCAGAAAGAAAGAAAGAAAGUAUGAACAAGGAGUUUUAUAAGACUAUAGAAACAGAGGAGAGACGCCAACCUUAUGUUAAAAAUGUAACGAAAAAAGCAAUUAAGGAAAACUUACUUUAUCAGAUCCAAUGGGUUCAAGACAUUAUGACUAAAGUAGGACGCCGGAGAAUGGAAUUGGAAGAUGCAUCCUGUCAUCAUGAAGAAAUUGAAGACGUAAUACCAUAUGAUGAUUUCAAAAUAGAUCCGUUAACCAAUGAAAUGAAAACUCUUAUGGAAUUUCCUGGUACUUUCGAUAAUUGCACUAAUCUACUCUGUCCUUAUUUAUGGGCACACAAGUUUGUCCGAAAGAUUGGAUCGGAAGGUGUAUUUUGGGUUAUACCCAAAACAAUAUCGGGACAAGAACUAUUGUCCUGGGUUGAGAUGAUCAAUAAAUAUAUUGACGAAUGUAAAGUUAAGCAAAAUGAUAAUAUAAUUGAUUAUAAGAAAUGCCCCUUCGAAUUUAAUAACUCCGAGGAGAAAAAAUUAAAUAACGCAGCAAACGAAGAUUCAUUGGACGCAGAACCGUCUGAUGCUGCUUCCCUUAAAAGAAAAAAUGACAAUGAUUCAGAGAUCGAAACCAAAAAAUCGAAAAAUGGUUCAACUUAA